AGCCAACCGAGACUCCGCUCUCGCCUGCUCUCUCUCUGUCUCUCUCUCUCUCUGCCGUCUUCGCCCCUCCUUCCACCCUCCCUUCCCUCUCCUGGUAAUCCUCACUUCCCACCUCUGGCUCUUUUCUACUUCAGUGGAAUCUUGUGUGGUCUCGCGAGUCGCAACUGUUGGAAAGAUUCGGAUUUGUUCUUGUAAGGUCCUCUUGCAGUGGCCUCCGUCCCAGUCGCUCGUUCCUAUUUUCUUGAAUCGGUGAUCUUUCCACGAUCCUUUCUUGUUAUUGAGAAGGUGAAAAUGUCUGGAAAAGCCCUCAGAGACCUUAACGUACUCCCAUCAUCUGGAUUGGAUAAGAAUUCAGAUAUAUCCGGCAAGGGAAGUUUAGCCAAGUCAUACAUUGAGAAUAUCAAUGACAAUGGGCAUGAAUUGCAGAAGAAAAAUUGCCCCCUUUUCUCUGCUACACUAAAUAAAGUUGAUAUUGUAAAGAGCAAUGGACUGGAAACAGUAAAUACAGAAGUUGAGUACAUAGACUCGGAAAACCUGGCUGAUAUAGCAGAUGUGGAUGCAAGUUUUAACACACUGUUAGCUAGGUUAGACUCAAAGGACUGGGUAUCUACAUGUGAAGCACUCAAUAACGUGCGCCAGUUUUCAAUAUAUCAUAAGCAAAAGCUGCUUGAGAUCUUUGGAGCUGUUAUCCGAUUGAUUGUGAAGUCACUGAAAUGUCCAAGGAGUGCUGUCUGCAAAACGGCUCUCAUGGCAUCUGCUGACAUUUUUAAGGCUUACAAUGAUAUAAUUAUUGACUCAAUUGAUCCCUUGCUUGUCCAGUUGCUACUGAAAUCCUCACAAGACAAGCGCUUUGUUUGUGAAGCUGCUGAGGUAGCUUUAGUAUCAAUGACGACUUGGGUCUCUCCCACGCUGUUGUUGCCAAAGUUGCUGCCUUAUCUUACGAACAAAAAUCCUAGAAUACGAGCAAAGGCAUCUAUGUGCUUAAGCAGGAGUGUGCCUCAACUUGGGAUGGAGGGGAUUAAAGCAUAUGGAAUUGAUAAGCUAAUCCAAAUUGCAGCUGCUCAGCUCAGUGACCAGCUUCCUGAAUCAAGAGAGGCUGCUCGGGCGCUUGCCAUGCAGCUGCAGGCCAUCUAUGUCGAUUCUCAAGUCUCCCAGUGUGAGGAAUCUGUAAAGUUGGUGGAUGCUGAUUCAUGGGAAGCUUUUUGCCACGCAAAACUGACACCUUUGAGCGCUCAGGCAAUUCUUCGUGUCACGGCUACCCCAAAAGAGGGUCUUGCAAUGAGUUAAUAGCUCAAAGAUGAUUCCGCCUCUAUGCAUUUAAUAUUUUUGUAAAUGCUAUGACCAUAGAAGAAAAUAUCAAGGAGGCAUUUUGUAAAAUUGAUCUGAUAACUUGCAUUCGAGUUACUUUGUUGUAUAGAUUUCAGUAAUUCUUUGUUA